AUGUCAGGACCUGAAGUAGAGAUUUCAGACGGUAAAUUAAAAGGAAAAGUUUGCAAAACCUGUAAUGGAGUACAAUUUUACACAUUCAAAGGAAUCCCCUAUGCUAAACCACCUAUUGGCGAUCUGAGAUUUUCUACGCCUCAACCUCCAGAACCCUGGGAUGGUGUAAGAGAUGCUACAAAGGAAUGUAACAUUUGCGCACAAUUUGAUAAGGCAACUGCUACCUUUAUAGGUGAUGAAGAUUGUCUUUAUUUAAAUGUGUAUACACCUCUUACUACGAAUGAAGGCAAGAAAUUACCUGUAAUGGUAUUCUUUCAUGGUGGUGGCUUCUUAUUUGGACAUGGCACAGAUGAUUCUGCACACGGCCCUGAUUUUCUUAUUGAAAAAGAAGUUGUUAUUGUUAGUUUGAACUAUAGACUAGGUAUCCUAGGAUUUCUAUCACUGGAUCGAAAAGAAGCACCUGGCAAUAUGGGCCUUAGAGAUCAAAUGCUUGCACUUAAAUGGGUUCAAAAAAAUAUUUCCCAAUUUGGUGGUGAUCCUAAAAAUGUAACAAUUUUUGGAAUAAGUGCUGGGGGAGCAUCUGUGGAGUAUCUUCUUCUGUCCCCAUUAACAAAAGGUUUAUUUCAUAAAGCGAUUGCGCAAUCAGGUUCAUCCCUUUUGCAUUGGGCUCAAAAUGAAAAAGUUAAAGAACUUGCUGCAAAAAUACCUCUGUUAAAGAAAAAAGUAAUUAAAGAUGAAGACCAGUUAUUAAAAUAUUUAAAAGAAAUGCCGAUAAAAGAGCUAAUACAAGCAUCGAUGUUAGCAAUAGGAACCGAUAAUAGCCGAGGAGGCAUUCAUUUCGGUUUCGUCCCUACGGUGGAGAAAUCGGGAGAUUGGGAACAAUUCAUUAGUAAAUCUACAUAUGAAAUGUUAUCAAAAGGUGAAUUUGCAAAAGUACCUUUUAUGAGUGGAUUUUGUACGCGCGAAGGACUCUUAGUUUUACCCCUUUACCCUUCUAAACUUGACAGUUUAGUGACCGAAAAAUCGUUUAUCUCGCACCUGCCUUUUGAUUAUGAUGAUACAGAUAAACAUGAAAUUGAAACUAAAUUAAAAGCAACUUAUUUAGAAGAAUUGGUUGCAAUGUGGACAAAUUUCGCUAAAUAUGGUGACCCUACACCGAAAAUUGAUGAUGUGAUAACCACAAAAUGGGAACCAGUCGGUGAUAACGAGAUGGCAUAUCUGGUCGUGAACGAUAAAUUGACAAUGAAGAACAAACCAUAUCCGAGAAGAACAAAAUUGUACGAAGAACUUUAUAGAAAAUUUAACAGUUUUUUGUGA